UGCCUGUUGUGGGGCACCCGGGUUGUUAUUCCGGCCUCACUUCGAACACCAGUCUUAGAGGCACUACACGAGGGCCACCCGGGCAUUGUCCGGAUGAAGGCGUUGGCACGGAGCUACGUCUGGUGGCCUGGCUUGGACGAUGACAUCGUCAAGUGGGUAAGCUCAUGCCAACCCUGCCAGGAAUCCAGACCUUCCCCUCCAGUCACCACCCCCACAAAGUGGGAGAGCGCCAACGCGCCUUGGUCAAGGCUACACAUUGACUUAGCGGGUCCUAUACACGGCAAAAACUUCUUGGUGGUCGUAGAUUCAUACUCAAAAUGGAUCGACGUGGCCCAACUAUCCACGACCACCACGCUAGCAGUUACCAAGGCUCUAACUCGCCUAUUCGUAACACACGGGCUACCAGAUACCAUUGUUUCGGAUAACGGCCCCCAGUUUGCCUCAACAGAAUUUAGCCGUUUCGCCACAAAUCUUGGCAUCCGACAUAUCUUCACGGCCCCCUUCCAUCCUGCCAGCAACGGACUGGCAGAACGAGCCAUUAGAUCCACAAAAGAAGCGUUGGCCAGAUUCAGCAAUGAAGAUUGGCAUCACAGACUCUCCCGUUUCUUGCUUAGUCAACACUCGACCCCUUGCAUGGUCACCAACAAAUCCCCUGCUGAACUUCUAAUGGGUAGA